GCUUAUCCCGCCCACUUCCUCUGGCGCUCUGGAACGGCUCCUCAAACUUCUACUGAUGUCACUGCACUUUCUACACAUUCACAUAGGAAUCAAUAAAGCCACAGGAGACGACAUCAUUCAGAUUCACACUUACAGAUGGAGAUGAGACGUAUAUUCAUACAUGCAGAAUGUCAAUUUAAGAAACAAAAAAUUUCCUGGACCUGAAGUUCUCUGUCAAAGGCAGCAUCAGACUUUGAAGAGGUGAAAGAGUGGAGAAUCUGGACAUGCAUGGCAGGAUCUCGCAGUUGUUCUUGAUUAAUGCGUUAACAUGUGGUUUGGAGGUAUGUUUGGCUGCUGGGACCAUCUACAUCCCACCUAUGCUGCUGGAGGCAGGGGUGGAGGAACAAUUCAUGACCAUGGUACUAGCUGUGGGACCUGUGCUGGGGCUCAUCGUUGUCCCUCUAAUUGGUUCGGCGAGUGAUAGCUUUAAAAGUAAAUAUGGCCGUCGGCGUCCCUUCAUAUGGGUGUUGUGCAUGGGCGUCCUGCUCAGCCUCUUGAUCAUCCCUCAGACGUCCACCCUCGUCACCCUGCUCACAAAACGGGAGCGGCAUUGGCUGGAGGUCCCACUGCUGGUCCUUGCCAUUUGUUUGAUGGAAUUCUGUGGUCAGGCCUGCUUCACCCUUCUGGAAGCCUUGGUUUCUGACCUCUUUCCCGGAGAGGAAGAGAGUCGCAAGGCUUUCUCUGUCUUCUCCCUCAUGCUCAGUCUGGGCGGAUGCAUUGGCUACCUGCUGCCCGCGGUCGACUGGACCACUUUAGACACCGUGGCCUACUUGGGUGGACAAGAAGCCUUCAUCUACGCUAUUUUGACCUUCAUUUUUCUCACCUGUUUGACGGGUACAACCUUCAUCUCUGAGGAGAAGACAGUACGAGAAAGGCUGGGGGAAGCUGAGGUGUCCAGAAAGCCUGGAAACCUGUUGAAGACUUGCUGUGGCCGCUGUGUGGUGCUACCCAGAUUUUUGCUUUUACGAAGGACGUUGUCUAGUCUCCUUUCUGUGGUUCCCCGACUCUACUCGCUGUGCAGCCGCAUGCCAAAAGUCAUUGCGAGGCUGUUCGUUGCUGAGCUGUGCAGCUGGAUGGCACUGAUGUCCUUUAUGCUCUUCUACACAGACUUUGUCGGAGAGGGAUUGUAUAAUGGGGUGCCCAGUGAUGAGCCAGGCUCCUUAGGAAGGAUACGCUAUGAUGAAGGUGUGCGAAUGGCCAGUCUGGGUCUUUUCCUACAAUGUGUGACCUCUGUGAUCUUCUCAUUGAUUAUGGAGCGUAUGGUGUUGUGUAUUGGCGUCAGGAAGCUGUAUCUGAGCAGCGUGGUUGUGCUGGCUGUGAGUACAGCUAUUAUGACCGUAUCCCACAACAUUAUACUAGUCACCAUCAUGGCCGCUGCUACAGGAUACACCUUCUGCACCCUGCAGAUUCUGCCAUACACGCUCACAUGUCUAUACCACUCAAAUCCACAGGUGUUUUUCUCCACCGACAGGCGGAAAUUUCCUCCCAAGGAGGAAGAUCUGAUGUUAAUCAGAUCAGCGAUGCCAUCCAUGACUAAGGAGAAAAGAACUAAUGGGUGCGUCAAUGGGUAUCCAGGUACCGUACCCUUCCAGAACAGUAUAAAAAACUCACAAUUACUUGAUCUGCAUGUGUCUAUCACCGUGGAACCACAACCAUCAGCCCUCAGAGGCCUGGGCACAGACAUUGCCAUUUUAGACAGCGCCUAUUUGCUGUCUCAGGUGGUCCCGUCUCUUUUCAUGGGCUUCAUCGUGCAGCUCUUCCACAGUGUGACUGCAUACAUGGCCUGUGCAUCUUUGUUAAGUCUGGUAGCUGUUUAUUUCUCGAGAAAGAUCAUCUUUGAGAAAACGGAUGUUGAUGCAAGAUGACUAAGAUGUUAUCAAGAGAGCAACAGACUCAGAAUAAUGACAAAAAACUAUAAAGGGCAGCUGGUUCUGUCUAUUAUUUUUUGGAAAAACCCAGUUGGAAAUGUGCAAUUUUCAAGCAUUACACUGGCUGUAAACUAUUCAGCAAAAUAUAUGGUCAUGCAUUUACAUAAAAAAGGUCUUGUUUGAGCAUUAAAUUAUUUGAAAGAACUAUUGUUACUUAACCUGUGGCUUACAAUGUUAUAUUUGCAAUAUUGCACAGUUCUUUACCUAUUAAGGAGAGCAAUUACACUGUUAAAAAUGAAGUAUUAGUUGACUUGGGCGUAUUGAAGUGCGGGAAAGCAAAUAUGCUGAAUGAAUGAUUCAACUGAAGACGAGCAAGAGUUUCAGGUUUUGAAUCUUGUGACACAACCCCGUACAAGAAUUAAUGUUUACAUGUUAGUUCCAGAGAAUAUUAGUUAUCAAAAGAAAGGCAAGAACAUGUCUGAAGAUUUUCUGGUGAGUUAGAAACAUAAGUCUGAACUGGAUGUCUCAAUGAUUCAUUUUCUUAAAUAGCACAUGUUUGAGUUUCUGAAACUAAUAGAUUUGUAUAGCAUUUCACUUUAAGUUCACUGCACUGUAUAUUUAGGUAUCUUUUAGGUUUUUACGUUUUGGUAGCAGCUUAAUCUAAAGAAUAAAAGCUAUUUGCGACCAAAUUAAUAUUGAAUCUAGGAUUUAACUUUAUUACUGAGGAUUGGUUAUGCUAUGUUAGGUUAUGUUAUGUUUAAUGCAAUUUUUAGCUAUAGCCAGUCAUCUUUUAGCUCGGAAUGGGUUGCAUCAGUCAGUUCUUUAUCAGCUACUGCCAUCUAGUGUCUCUAUAGCACCUGUUUUUGUUUUAUUUAUUUAUUUAUUUAGUAGUAGUAGUCAAAACAGACAGGUUUACUCACAUCAUUCACUCCUUGUUCCUUUUCCUUCAUGUUUUUCAUUUUAAAUAUUUAUUUUCUAUAUAGGCCAUGUCAGAAUUCACCCAGCUGCAGUGUUUUCAACAAUUAUGUGGCAUUUCAACUAAUUUAUUAACCAUUUCCUCAUCUUUGGA